AGUUUAACUGUUUACAUUCCGGUUCUCCAGCUUCAAAUCCUUGUUCUUCAGGGUUUCUGGACGAGAUUCUAAUCCAAGCUGAGCUCCUGGUUGCAGUGUGACAUUUCUUUCAGUGGAUCAGGUGAAGGAUCAGAGUCCUGCUGCCAGCGCUGCUGUCCAGAGGAGAGAAAACACGUUGGUUAGUCCUUAUCAGACCACCGCUGUGUGACACACUGGACCAGGUUGAUGCUGCGCUGCUCCAGAUACAGCAGCAGGGCCAUGGCAGCCUCCUGGACGUUCACACAGCAGCCACGAUUCUGCUUCAUCAUCGGUGUUUCUACCGUUUUCCUUCUUCUGCUCGUCAGCCGAGAUUUCAGACUCAGACAGCAGCAGCAGAGGCACAAAAGAAACGUUCUGGAAUCUACAGAACUCCCAGCAGAGCACAUCGACCCGGCCGCCAUCGAUCUCACUCCGCUCGUCAAUACUUUAAUAAAUUCAAGCCAAUCGGGCUCUCGGCAGCUUUUCUCUCUGCUCAGCGUGACGUCUUACAGCUCUCUGGCUCUGCACAAACUCACCCUGUUGGUCUACAACAUUUCCAGUAUCAGAAGUAUAGAAAGCAACAAGUUCAGGAGAAGAUUCUGCUACUGUGUCACCAACGAAACCAACGAUUUGACCGACUUUACUGCCAUUCUGCUGGACGUGAUGGGAAACUCUAGCAGUUAUCUGCACGAGCUCUUUAAAUCUGCCUCCAUACUGUCAGUAAGCCAGAGGAAUAACUCAGACUGUAUUUACAUCUGUGUGAUGGCAGGAAAAAUGGGCAGAGAGGUUCCUGAACUCUGGCAGUUGGACUCCAUCACUCCACUGUUCAACCAGACCAUCGUAGAAGGACCACACAGAGUCGCCAACGUCUCGUCCUUCAGACUGCCGCUUGAAUGGCACCAACUGCCCACAAAUCUGAGUCACUCGUCUCCAUCUGGGAUGAGCUCCAUGUUGACCAGCAGAGUCCAUUCCACGGCACAUGCUUCACCAGCAACUCCGGACGAGGCGGCUCUGACAACAGAAAAAGUUGUUGCCGUUCAGCCACUCACAACGCCUCGACAACCUGCGACCUUUGAGCCACAAAGUCUAACUACAGUCGAGAGGUCGGAGACGACGAAAGCUGCGACGACUGUAGAAUUAACGGCACAAAGAGCAACAAUGUCAACGGUGGCAAUAUCCAAGACAGAAACUACAGAAACCUCAAAACAACCAGCGACUACUAUGUCACUAAUGACUGAUGUGGCUUUAACCACGGUACCAGUGCCAUCAACCGCACCAACAACUCAACCAACCAUAGCAACACAACAACCAACCACAGCAACACAACAACAAACCACAGCAACACCUCAACCACCCACAGCAACACAACAACAAACCACAGCAACACCUCAACCACCCACAGCAACACAACAACCAACCACAGCAACACAACAACAAACCACACCAACAACUCAACCAACCGCACCAACAGCUCAACCAACUGCACCAACACCUCGACCAACCACAGCCACACAACAACCAACCACAGCAACACAACAACCAACCACAGCAACACAACAACAAACCACAGCAACACCUCGACCAACCACUGCAACACAACAAACCACAGCAACACCUCAACCACCUACAGAAGCGACUCAACCAACCGUGCCAACAUUUCGAUCAACCACAGCAAUGCUUCCACCAACCACGACAACACAACAACCAAUGACAGCAUUUCUUCAGCCAAUCGCAGCAACAUCUCGAUCAGCCACAGUCCCAUUGGGAUCAACCACACCAAUGCCUCCACCAACCACACCAACGUCUCGACCAACCACCCCAACGCCUCCACCAACCACACCAACGUCUCGACCAACCACACCAACGCCUCGACCAACCACACCAACGCCUCGACCAACCACACCAACACCUCGACCCACUUCAGUGCCACCCAGAGUCACAACCUUCAUCCGACAGACCACAGCUACUGGUACAACAACCCAUCACACGACUUCCACCGUUCAUCCAACAAGAACUUCACCCGUCCGACCCACAGCAGCACCUACGGUUGCCAGAAGGACUACAGGGCCUCUCACCAAGAGAACUACAACUUCCAGCAAGCUCAUGGAAACAGAAAAAGCAGGUUGUCCAUGGAGGAGGCCGGAGCCGAGCGCCGAGUCCGAGUCCGAGUCCGAGUCCGAGUCCGAGUCCGAGUCGGAGGGCAGCAUCACAGUCAGCGCCACCAAGCUGCAGCCCUGCGUCCUGGAGCUCUGCAAGUUCUUCUCCACCUGCCUCUGCAGACCCACAAGCCACAAGACACGCAUGAAAAGGUAUUGCAACGACAGCCACCUCUGGUAUGAAAAACACACUCUGGAGGUGUGUCGGCGGGUCAGGAGAGUCUCCUUCUCCAGAAACCUCAAACAGAGAUGCCUGACAAAGAUGUGCAACAAACUGUGACCAGGAGGAAACAAAGAGCUGUUCAUCAUCACAGGAUGGACUGAAGCUACAAACCACGGCUGAGUGAACUCCUGGAACAUCUGGAGAUCCUGUGGAGACACGAAGGAAACACCCUGAAAGUCUUCACACAAACUUUUGCACCUUUGUCAGGUUUUAACAUUCAUUAAUCUAAAUUUUAGUACAUAUUGGAGAUCAAAAUCUGGAAUCCUGACACCAAAACUGGACUAUUUAUCCUGAAAUCAAAUGAUGACUUUAAGGUUCAGAAAAAAGUCUGGAAACUGGGGGGGAAAUGCAGAAUUUUUGUGUUUUUCUAAUGAAAUUUUUUUAGGUUUUUCUUGUGUCAAUUUAAUAAACAUCUUAAAGAAAACCCAGAAAAUUACUCUGAUGCUCACUGUUGAAACUUAAACACUUUUUUUGAACUUUUGUUUUGUUUUUGUCUUGUUGUCUGUUUUUUCUUUUUUUCUU